UGGUUAAAAUGCUUCGCCCAAGUGCUGCGGCAGCGGCACGACACGCCGCCUUGUAGUACAGGCUAGCCACUCCUCGCCCCCCAAGAGACACGAUGCCGCCGCCGCCAUCCUCCUCCUCCUCUCUCGGGGAGCUGCUCGCGCGAGAGCGCUCCGAGCUCCACUCUCCCGCGGCCCCGGCCGCCGCGCCAAGCCGCACGCUAUCGAGCAGGCACGCGCCGCCUCCCGCCCGCAACGACGACACCAACGACGGGGCAGGCGCGACGGUGGACGCGGUGGUGUCGACGCUGUCCGGCUACGCGGCGCGCUUCACCUCGGACCCCGACUUCCGCCGCGCGCUCCGGGCCAACUGCGCCGCCGCAUGCCUCCCCGCCCUGCCUUUGUCGCCGUCCUCGUCGUCACCACACGCCGCCGCGCUGGCCGACCUGGAGCUCGCCAUCGACAGCGUCGAGCACCUCGCGGGUGCCGACUCCACCCCUUCCCCACGGGACUCCAAGAUCCGCUCGCUCCGCAGCUCCAUCCGCCUCCUCGCCCUCGUCGCCUCCCUCCAUCACCACCACCCGCCGCCGCCCCACACCACCACCGGCGGCGGAACCCCCACCACCGCCCACCUCGCCGCCUGCGCGCAGCUCUACCUCGCCAUGACCUACGCCAUGGAACACAACCCCCUUCUCGCCGCGCGCCACCUGCUCCAGGUCUUCGUCGACGCGCCGCGCCUCGCCCGCGAAACCCUCCUCCCGGACCUCUGGACCACCGUCUUCCUGCCCCACCUCCUCCACCUCCAGGCCUGGCUCCGCGACAGCAAGGCCGCCGAGCUCGCCACCGGCGCCGCCGAUUGGGACCGGAGCCGGAGGAUGACGGCCCUGCAGAGGCUGUACGACGACCAGAUGGACACCGGCACGGCGCGGUUCGCGGUGUACUACAAGGAGUGGCUCAAAUGCGGCGAUACGACGCCGCCGCCUCCGUUCCCUUCCGUGCCUCUGCCUUCCAUGACGCCCGGCCCCGGGGGUUUCGACAUGUGGGAAGAGAGACGCUCUGCUUCGGCGCGGACCACCAGCUCCAUCAACAGAAAUCUGUACAAUGCGGUUUUCGGCACGGCAUUGGAGCAGGAAGAUGUGAAGCUGUUUGAUGAGGCUGAAUUGGUUUUGGAUAAGGACGUGCAAUUGGAUGAAAAUUCAGGUAGCUUGAAGAUGGAGAAGCAUGCUCAUAGAAACAUUGGGCUCCAAGAAAAGCAUUCCAGCAUUCGAAAAGAAAGCACUAUUCCAGAAACAGCAUCUACACCACGCAAAUCCUACUCUUUCAGAUUACUCUCAUGUCGAGGAGAUGUAGGCAGGAAUGUCAUUAAUCACCCUAAGGUACCAAAGAGAAGAAAUGUUUCUGUCGAGAAAGAGCUAUACAGAACUGAGCUAGCAAUGACUCUAGAACGAGCAGUUUCCGUGGUAUCGAAUUCAGACAGUCUUGCACAGUGCGAGUAUGCUGUGCAUGAAAUUGCCAGAGCAUGUUCAAAUUUAGGAGGAGAUCCUAAUCUUGGAACUUGGCUUUCAUGUGCACCUUUUAUUCAAGGGCUUCUCGAGGUUACAUUCAUUUCCACAGAUGAUGCAGUACUGGAGUCAGCAAUCUUGAUCAUGGGAGAGUUGGUUUUGAGGAAUGAGGUGAAUAGGCAGAUUGUGCUUAACGCGGAUCCACAGCUUGAGGUUUUCUUGAGACUUCUGACUCUGAAGAGCAACGGGUUGUUUCUGAAGGCAGCUGCAGUGCUUUAUUUGAUGAAGCCAAGAGCUAAGCAGAUGCUAUCAAUGGACUGGAUGCCACAACUCUUACACAUAUUGGAGUCCGGGGAUGAGGUGCAACUUCUAUCUUCUGUGAAAUAUUCUCCAAGAACAUCUGCAUUCUACUUCCUAGACCAACUCCUUACGGGCUUUGACGUCGAUAGAAACGUUGAGAAUGCAAACCAGAUGAUUGCUCUAGGUGGUUUGGACAUGCUGAUGAGAAGACUUGAAAUUGGUGAUACCCGCGAAAGCAAAAUCUGCAUCUCUCUCUUGAACUCAUGUAUCCAAGCUGAUGGGAGUUGUAGAUCCUACUUAGCUGAUAAUCUGAAGAAGGAGCCUGUUGUUCAACUUCUCAUAGGAAAUCACAAGAAGGCUAGUGCUGCUGCCCUUAACUUGCUGACUGAAUUAAUCUGCCUUAACAGAGCAACCCAUAUGGUAGAGUUCCUCAAGGAGCUGAAAAAUGGUGGUUGCUUGAAUACAAUGCAAAUUCUGUUGGUUUAUCUCCAGCAGGCUCCUCUUGUCCAACAUCCAUUAGCAGCCAUCAUGCUACUUCAGCUCGAUCUCCUGGGAGAUCCUUUGCAGUACAGCGUUUACAGAGAGGAAGGAAUUGACGCUAUCACAGCUGCUCUGGAGCAUAGCUCACACAGCAGAAAGGUGCAAGAACAAUGCGCUCGAGCUCUGUUGCUCUUGGCAGGGCGGUUUUCAUCCUCAGGGAAACCCAUAGCAGAAGCAUGGCUGCUAAAGAGAGCAGGUUUAGAUGGCUCCCUAUCAGAAUCCUUUAGAAGAACGGAGAUAUUCAAAAAUAAGAGUGCACGAGCGGAAGAAGAGAAGGUAGUUGAAGAGCGGCUAAAGAAACUUGCGCUCAUGUUACUAAACACCGGGAACAAACGGUUCCUCGUGGCACUGUCAAACUGCAUAUCUGAUGGGAUCCCAGCUUUGGUCCGAGCGUGCCUCGUAACCAUAACAUGGAUGAGCAGCUCCCUCUCACCAUUGCAUGGAUGCAACACUUUCCAGCCUUUGGCAUGCUCCAUUCUUGCGCCUAAGCUUUUAGAUAGCUUAAGCUAUGACAGGGUUUUGGAAGAAAGGGUGCUUGCUUCGCUGUCAUUGUUGAACCUUGUGAGACAUCCAGAGUGCUUGGAGAAGCUUUUGCCAUUGAAGAAAGACACGGUAGAGUCAUUGCGUGACCUCACAGAAAUGACGUGGACUGCCAAGGAGCUCCUCUUUGCCUGCUGCAGACGACAGACAGACGCCUGAAGAGGAAGAGCUUCUUUUAGUGAUGAAGAAGUGCAUACAAGAAGACAGAGUUUCUUUUCUUGAGUUGUGAAGCCUUUGAGUUUAUUCCCUUGGACAGAAUUUUGCUCUUGCUUGUGAGGGUAUUCCUUUCUCUAGAGAUGGCUGUGCAGGAGAUAUAGGUCAUAUAUGCUAAGGCUGAGUUUGGUAUUGAGGUGGAUUAUGAUAAUCUAUCUUUUUCAACCAGUUUUCCCCCUUAUU